AUGGUCGGCGGCGAAUUUACAGUGGAAGAAUUGCUCACCUCGGUACCGAUCGCGUGCUUGUUGUCCUCUUCCAAGGCCUCUUCCUCCGGCGGCCGCCUGUUCUUCAUCGGAGUCCGACAUCAAAACCAGAAAAACCCAGAUCUGGUUUUGUUCAGCCGCUCUUCACUCCUGCGCUUCCGCGUGACUCUCGGUCGUCUCCGCACGAGUCCGGGGCGAGACCGCGGUGGAUUGCUCGGUUUUGUGGCGGUCGAUGAUGGGGGUUGGGCGAUGGUGGGUUUCUGGCGAGAGGACGGCGAGAGAAGGGGGUGCGUCGCUGCGGAAGGGGCGGGGUGGAGAAGAAGAUAA